GACUGGCCCCCGAAUGACGGAAGGGACCGUAAAAUCGGUUGCUCUAAUGAGUCGCAUUCGGCAGUGGUGACCUCAAAGGUCAUUUUUUCUUGGAUGGAAAAUGCCAUCAGGGUGCUCGCCUCACCAUCAAGGUUCCCUUACCCAGUACCUUAUAUCGGCUAUUCUGUCCUGCCAUUAUGGCCGAUUAUCUUAUAGAGCGAAAAUGGCACAGAAAAAAUGGACGAAAUUCGGGUUCACGAUGUGGUAAUUAUAGGCGCUGGGCCGUGCGGCCUUGCUGUCGCAGCACGCUUGUCAGAACGUAUGCCUGCCGCCAAUUUUUCGGACGACGAACAUCAAAGGUAUCAUUGGAUCCAGAAGCACAGGAAUCAAGCCAGCAUUAAGAGUUAUAAGACUGGCCGUGAAACACGGCGAAAAUCAUGCACCGCCUCUCCAGGGAAUGCUGGUCUUGAUCUCUUAGUGCUCGAUGCUACUGAUAAUCGAUGGAUGGCACGAUGGGACACCCUAUUCAAGACCUUUGAUAUAUCCCACCUUCGAAGUCCAAUGUUCUUUCAUGUCGAUCCUUCGGAACGAGACGGUCUUUUGGCCUAUACAUACAGAAACGAAAGAGAUAAUGAGCUAACAGAGAUUCGGGGUUGCGUCGGAAAGGAAUUAAGUAAGCAUCAAAGGAAGAAAAGAGAAAGAUCUGGCAGACAACCUAGAACAGAACCCACAGUCGACGAACGCGAUCGAAACGACUAUUUCGUCCCGUCCACUCCACUCUUCGCAUCGCAUUGCGGAUGUUUAGUGGAUCGCUAUGGCUUGCGUGGGGAUAUGGUGUGCCAUGAGAAGGUGGAAGACAUUAGCUUCAAUUAUGUCGAGGACUUUUCCCAAGUUGACAAGAUCUUCACGGUACGAACCAAUAAGGGCAUUCAUCACGCGAAGACCGUGGUAUUGGCCGUGGGUGGAAAUCCUCCAGAGAUCCCAAAUAUGCCAAUUGAAGGGACAGAGGGUGUCACCCACGCCAUGCAUAUCAAAGAAAUGCCGUCGCCUCGUAUACGCGCGAAGCUUAGUGCGCGUCUCCCGGCAAAUAUUGUCAUUGUUGGCGGGGGACUCACCUCGGCUCAACUCUCUGACUUGGCGAUUCGCCGAGGGGUAACUAAAGUAUGGCUACUGAUGCGUGGGCCACUGAAAGUCAAGCCUUUCGACGUAGGACUUGAAUGGGUAGGCAAAUUUCGAAACUUCGAGCAGGCCGCCUUUUGGACUUCGGAUUCUGCGGAGGAACGAUGGGAUAAGAUCAAGACUGCCCGAAACGGUGGAAGUAUUACACCGCCGUACAAGAAGAUCCUCGAGCGGCAUAUUUCGACCGGUAAAUUAUGCUUGCUCCAGAAUACGACAAUCAAAGAGAAGCAAUGGGACCCGAUCUCUAAGACUUGGGCGAUAUCAUUGUCGGAUAAGGACCAAGUACUCCCUCGUAUAGAUCAUAUUUACUUCGCUACCGGCGUCAAAAGCGAAUAUGAGUGUCUCCCCUUCCUACAUUCCAUAUGCUCCGACUAUCCCGUCGAGAAUUGUGGAGGUCUUCCUUGCAUUACCGAGAACAUGGCUUGGCGGGAUGAUGUGCCUCUUUUCAUCGCUGGAAGGCUCGCCGCCUUGCAGCUUGGUCCCGGGGCUCCCAACUUAAUCGGUGCGCGGAUUGGAGCGGAAAGAAUUGCUUGGUCGAUCCAAGACAUAUUAGGGGCAAAGGAAUCCGGAACAGAUGCCGACCCACGGAAACGUGAGUUCGACUUUCUCACAGGAAGAGGUAGUCGGUUCAACGCUUUAUCGGAAAUAGAGUAGAUUCCUGACAAAUCCGGGAGAUGGCGACAGCAGAUGCUUAAUAUCCAUGACUGAUAGCCUUUCAAUGCCGUGUACAAUAGGUGGCUCUCCCAACCACAAGGCGACGUGCUUCUCUUAAAACAUGAAAUAUACCGCGAUUUCUUAGAUCAGACAUGAUCUCCAAGCAGCGAACAUUUUAGGAAUUCUUGUAAGCCCAACAAGGUUGCCAGAGGCUAGGGUGCCGCGCCCGCUACUUGCGGCUA